AUGUCACAAGAUUUGUUUAAAACAGCUGCAGAUGAAUUUGCCGCACUCGUACAAUCUGGAAAGGUUUCAAACGAAGACCAAUUAAAAGCGUAUGGCUGGUAUAAACAGGCAACUGUGGGUGAUGUUUCUACAACCCGACCUUCAGUUCUUUUCGUUAAAGAAACUGCUAAAUGGGAUGCUUGGAAUGAGAGAAAAGGGACAUCUCAAGCUGACUCAAAGGAAGAGUAUAUUAAAUAUGUUAAUGAAUUAAAAGAAAAAUAUAAAUAA